CAAAUCGAUAAGAUUAAAAAAGUAGACGAAAAAGUAUUUUUAUAUGUAAUAAUUGCUCUCUGAAAUUUGUUUCUCUUUAUUUAUUUUUUUUCCAAAAAAUAUAAUUAAAAAUAAUGCCUUCAAAUAUCCACCACCAUAACUGAACCAGAACACUGAAGAAACUAACACAUAAAAAUGGAGCACAAUUUGGCAUCAGAUAUGGCAGGAAAACCCAUACGAUGCAAAGCAGCAGUAGCCAGGGAAGCAGGGGAGCCGUUGAUCCUGGAAGAAAUUCAGGUUCUGCCACCCGAGCCUGGAGAGGUUCGGAUAAAGAUUCUUUGCACAUCCCUCUGUCAUACUGACGUCACCUGGUGGAAAUUAAAAGCCGGGCCUAUUGAUUUCUUACCUAGAAUUUUCGGCCACGAAGCAGCCGGUAUUGUGGAGAGUGUGGGGGAAAACGUGGAGGAAGUGAAAGCAGGGGAUCUGGUUCUGCCGGUGUUCCAGAGGAACUGUGGGGAAUGCAAGGACUGUAAUUCGAAGAGGGGGAAUGUUUGCUCGAAAUUCGCCGUCGAGUAUUUCGGGGGAAUGCCUAGGUACGGCGGCGCCACCAGAUUUCUCGACGGCGAUGGAUCUCCGAUACACCACUUCCUCUCCGUUUCGAGCUUCUCUCAGUACACGGUGGUUGACGUCACCCACGUCGUCAAGAUCGGCCCUGAUAUUCCCAUCGACAAAGCUUGCUUGCUCAGCUGUGGAGUAACCACCGGUAUCGGUGCAGCGUGCAAGGUUGCUGAGGUAGAACAAGGUUCCACCGUAGCAAUUUUUGGGCUUGGAUCUGUUGGACUGGCGGUAGUAAUUAUUAUUAUUUUAGUUUUUUUAAACAAGAAAUAUAUUCUGAUAAUAUAUCAUAGGGUAAAUAGCACUUAA